CUUCUAUCUGGUCAGUGGUGGGGUUCCUCUCAUCAUCUGUGGGGUCACUGCAGCCGUCAACAUAGACAACUAUGGCAGCGGGGAGCAGGCGCCGUACUGCUGGAUGGCGUGGGAGCCCAGUCUGGGGGCGUUCUUCGGCCCCGUGGCUUUCAUCGUCCUGGUGACAUGCAUUUACUUCCUGUGCACCUUCGUUCAGCUGCGGCGACACCCCGAGAAGAAGUACGAGCUCCGGCGGCUGACGGAGGAGCAGCAGAGACUUGCCGAUGUCCCCGCCCACUGCCACCAGGGGGCGGAGCCCGGAGCCCCGCCCACCGGGAGCCAGUGUCCCGCCGGCUGCCCGGGCGUCCCCAUCAACCCCGCGCUGCUGGCUAACGAGCACUCCUUCAAAGCUCAGCUGCGGACGGCGGCCUUCACCCUCUUCCUGUUCCUGGCCACGUGGACGUUCGGCGCCCUGGCCGUGUCGCAGGGACACUUCCUGGACAUGAUCUUCAGCUGCCUGUAUGGUGCCUUCUCCGUCACGCUGGGCCUCUUCAUCCUCAUCCAUCACUGCGCCAAACGGGACGACGUCUGGCACUGCUGGUGCUCCUGCUGCCCCGGGCGGCGUGCCCAAGCCUGCGCCGGCGCGCCGGGCUUGGCUCAAACGCGGCCCAAAGUCAACGUGAACGGCGACACCCAGGGCCACGCCCACUGCCACCACGACUCGCCGUGUCAGGCGAAAGCCCUGAUUGGCUGCAGCCUGGCUCACUGUAAACACGCCGCACUUCCGUCCUCGCAGAACCACGUGACGUGUCUGGCACCCGUGGCGCCGUGCUGCGCCGCGCUGCACAGCCAGCAGCUGAUGGAGGAGGAGCCUACGGCGACCCACGUGCUGCUCCACGCCGAGCCCGGGAUCCAGCUGCACUCCUGCCUGAAGGGCGGCGCCAGGACUAAGAGCCGGCAGUUGGGCCGCAGGGCCAAGCCGGGCGACCGGGAGUACGCCUACCACAUCCCCUCCGGCGCCGACGGCGGCAGCGCGCACAGCUCUCGCACGGACAGCCCACACAGCACACGCGAGCGCCACGCCCACGUCUGCCCGCAUCUGGCCCACGAGGGCCACCACGACGGGCACCACACGUGCCACGCCGCCACUUUGCACGAGUCCCUGGCGUGCCACAACCCCUGCCACAGGCACAUCUGCUGCGCCAAGGCGGACCUGUUCCCCUCCCUGUGCCCGGCAGAGAGCGCCGACGCCGGCGUCUUCCUGUGCGGCUGCGGGAAGGUGGCCGAGGACGAGCCCGUGGCCACGCAUCACCACCUGGAGAUGCACGCCCCGCGCAGACAAUCCUGCCCCCAGAACCCGCCCAGUCAGAACGGGAUUCUGAAGGAGGGGCUGCUCUACACGUCGGACAGCACGGGGAAUAUUCGCACCGGACCCUGGAAGAACGAAACUACUGUGUAGAAGGUCAUGUGACAAAACAAAUCCUCGCCUCCCUUUCUAAACAAAAACAAAA